AUGAAUAGUGUAAGUUUACCUGACGAUUGCGCUAAACAGUGGGAAAUAUUACUAUUGUUAUUGUCAUCGGAAGAAAAAAAAAUCGAUCGCACUAGUGAAAAUGAAAUUGACACUAUGAGUUACUUCUGCAAAAAUGAAGGCGUAAGGAAAAUCAUGCUUCAGUGGUUGCGACAAAUGAAAGCUUCUUAUGGCAAAAAGACAAGUGAAUUGGAUACAGCUCUGAAAUGUGAUGAAGUGUCAUUAUUAUGGCGGCAAAAAGGCAACGACAAAUUUAGAGCUAAUUUGGUUGAAGAGAGUUAUAGAUGUUAUUCUAAGAGUGUAGUUUAUGCUAAUCAUAAUGGACCAAUGUACUGUUUGGCUUUAGCUAACAGGUCGGCGUCACUGUUGAGGAUGAAGCGGUUUCAGGAAUGCCUAUCGGACAUCGCAAUGGCUAUCGAGAGCGGUUACCCGACGGAGCAGCGACACAAGUUGCUGUUACGUCGAGUUGACUGUCACAUAGAGCUUGGCCAACGUUCCGACGCGCGCUCUGCACUCGCUGCCGCCACACAAUACGCCAACACGCUCAAUCUAUCAGCCACACAAGCUUUGGAAUUCGAGAAACAUGUGAAAAUAUAUGAAAAGAAACUGGAAAGUCCUGAUUUAAUAGACAAGCGAGAGGACGAAGUGCAAUUACCUGAAUGUUACGAUGGGCCCAAUUUGGACUUUAAUGCCGCGUCGAGCGCUAUUGAGUUAAGGCGAAACGAAACUGCCGGUCGAUACGUGGUCACUAAGCGAAGCGUCCGGCGCGGUGACGUUUUGUUCUCUGAGGAACCCUACGCAUGGGUCACAUUGCCUUCCAAUGAUCCAGCUUGUGAAAUGUGCUGUCGAGCCGAUAUAAACCCAGUGCCUUGCAGCCGAUGUUCCCGCAGCGUGUACUGCGGGGCGCGGUGCCGCGCGCGCGCCUCUCUCGCCUUCCACCGCUGGGAGUGUGCCGGGGCCCAGUGUGAACUCUUCCCCACAAUAGGCAUUGCACAUCUAGCUUUAAGAGUAUUAUUACUAAGUGCCAGCGAAGGUUUCCCAGCAGUUCCCGGGCCUACACCGGAGCCCACGACUGCCGCGGAGUUGUUCCGGGGCUAUGCCCAAGUCGACAAUAUACAGAUAUAUAAACAGGAAUCUCCACCAUUUUAUAGGAUGUUUAAUUUGGUCACUAACUUCGAUAAGAUGAACAACAACGAUUAUAUACAGUACGCCUUGACAGCAACAAUGCUAACUAUCUACCUCGAACACUUUACUACAUUUUUUGAGUACCUGCCCAGUAAAGUUCCGUACAGACUGUCGAGCAGUCAGUUGCAGUUAUUCGCUGCUGCGGUUAUAUUGCGCAGCCUCGGUCAGUUGGUGUGUAAUGGACACGCUGCUUUAAGUUUAUCAACGAUUGAAGAAGACGAUGGGAUGAACGGCCGUACAAUAACUGAACGAGAAGUAAGAAGAGCUACUGCUAUUUAUCCGUCUGCAGCCAUGAUGAAUCACUCCUGCGACCCUAACAUCAUAAAUACUUUCCAUAAUAGCCGUCUGAUAGUGCGAUGUGCGAGUGAAUUGUCGGUCGGGGCAGAGGUGUUUAACUGCUACGGGCCACACCGCGCCCGCGAGCCUACUCCACGCCGCAAGGCGCAACUUCGCGCCCAAUACAUGUUCACGUGCACGUGUACAGCGUGUCGCGUCACCGACCGGAGAGACUUUGUGCUGUUGUUCUCGGCAUACGUGUGCCAAUCGUGCAAGAGUCCUGUGAUAUUCAGCGGGAAACGUGCGCAAUGCCAACACUGUUCCUCGGAGUUCCACUUGGAUCGGGCCGUCUCUAUUAUCGACCGUGCUGAGGACCUGGCUUUGCAAGCGGAACGAGCGACAAAUAUCGAGGAAAGAUGCGAGAAGAUGCAAGCAUCUUACAAAAUGAAGCAGCAAGUCUGGCAUCGGCAUCACUUCUCGCUGCGCGCCGCGGCCGACCGACUUGCGAGAGUUUACGCUGACAUCGGUGACUUCAAUAGGAGUAUAGAACUAAUUAAGCAGAACGUGCAGUGCCUUGAGUAUCAGUUCGGUUCUUUCAGUGUAGAGGUGGCGCAUGAAAUGCGGAAACUGUCCGAUGUUAUGUUGGAGAGGAUACUCAAGCUGCCGGGACACCCCGACUAUAGGGAUUGGUGUCUAGAAGCACACAAGAUAAUCAAGAAAGCAGCACAGUUAAUGGAUCUCAAUUACGGCUCAUGGGAAGUUCUCGUCAAAAGACUAAAGGAACAAGAAAACUUCGUCGCCUCUCUAUUGGCCGAAAGCCGAACACCAGAGACAGCGGACUGCGUUCACCACAACUUUCAUUAUAACCUUAAAAUUUGA